GCUUCAGUUUCGAUUUACAUUUACUCGCGAUCACAUGUUGUUUGCUUGUAUAUAUUUUUUGUUCGUGCUAUAAAGUGAAUUUGUAGUGAAAAGACUUUCAGCAGAGUUUACCAAUUUAUUUUGUACUUGAGCUAUUGAACAACGAUUCAAAAAACAAAACAACAAAUUUCUUGUUCAGACGAUCAACAUCAUGAAUAAAAUGUUUUUGCAAUGAAUCGGAAAUGAAAUCAUAGAAAAUAGACAGUGCAACGACGACAACGACAACGACAAAAAUACCAAACAAAUACGAACCGACGAACGAAACCGACCAACAAUAAUUAUCGACAAUUUUCACCUGAGUCCAGUGAUCGUUGUAGUAUUUUGUAAAUAACAGUGCCGUGAUUUAUGAAAAUUUCCCAACACACACAAAUAUUGAUCGAUGUUCGAGUGAAUACUAGUUGAGCUAGAGACUAUUUUGUGCAAUCAAUCGAACGGGAAAUAAAUUAAUUGAAACUAAAAAAUAAUAAUAAUAUUCGAAAUAUGAACGAAAAGUGAAUUGAACAUUUGUUGCAUCGAAGCGAUAUGAAGAAUGUGUACAUACACAUUUCAAUCGAUGAAUAAUGAGCGAUCUGGCCGAUCAAAUUGACGAUUAUAUAUGCACAUUUGAUGGUGUUGGUGAUUUAACAAUGGACACAUUAGCAAUGUUUAUAUUUGGAUGGGCCCUAUUGGCUCUAUUUUUAUUGUGGCUGUGCAAAUUUUUAUACAAUAAAUAUGUGAAAAAAGAUGGAACCACGGCUAUUGAUUCCAGCAAAUAUGGUGUGAGCCCAAGUGAAAAGAUUCGUCGUUCGGAAUCGAAAGAAUUGUCUGCCAGCAAAGAUAUUAAGGGAUUGGAUUUGGCAUCAAAACCAUUAAGUAAAGUUGGCGGCACAUCAUCGCAAAUCCGUAAACGUUUAUCGCGUAAAAGUCCCGGACCAGAACUUCGGAAAACAUUACGUUCAAUUCCACCUCCAACCAAUGUAACCGGCCCAGAAACGUCUUCGGUAACAUGGACAAGUCAAAUAUUCCGUUGGCUGUAUAGUGAUUUGGUGAUCGUUAAUGAUUUAUUGCAAUCAUGGGUUCAAGCACUCAACGAACACAUGAAGAAAAAUGUGGACGAGAAUGGAGUCGAUAUUGAAAUUGUGCGUGUUUUGCCGGAAAGUCCAUCACCGAAUUUGGCCAAUAUCUUUUGCAACAGCACCGAUUUGGAUCCAAGUGAUAUGACAAUUACAUUAGACAGUGAUUCAACGCCGGUACUGCAAAUUAAAACGCAUCAUCUCAGAGCCGGUAAAAUGGAAACAUCUCACUAUAAAGUUACUGUAUCUCGAUUGCGUGCACGUUUAACCAUAAAAAUGAGCUAUAACACGCUUAAAGGUGAAAUGAUGGUUGAAGGUUAUCCGGAUAUCCGUAUUACAAUGAAUAGCAUUGGCGCUAUUAAAACCGUUGACUCGGAUGAAAAACAACUUCAAGAAAGCGUCAGUGAUAUUCUUUCAUCGGCAAUCCGUCUUUGUGUCUAUCCCAUUGACUUUUCCAUUUACGCGGCCUGCCCACGAGCCCAUGAAAAUGGUCGAGAAUUAAGUUAUGAGUUGGAUAAGAUAAACAAUAGUUCAUCUUCAUCAUUGCAAGGGGUGUCGUCUGGUCGUCGUUUAUUGGUAAAAGUGGUAAAAGGUGAAGCACUUGUACAUGCAAAAGAUCCGUUUGUUAUCAUUGAAAUGGAUGAACCGCAACAAAAGAAUCAAACUGGAGCCCGUCAGGGCACAAAUCCAUAUUGGGAUGAACAUUUUCUAUUCGAAUUAUCACCACAAUCGGCUGAGAUUUUGUUCGAAGUAUAUGAUCGUAAUCCGACUGGCAGUGAUGAACCAUCGAAAUUCCUUGGUCUCGGUUUGGUUGGCGUUGAUGAAUUAGCUGUUGGUCCGUCAUCAUCACAAAUUCUAGCCCUACAACCAAGGCCAUAUGAAAAUGAUGAUGUUCAAGGUGCAAUUACUGUGGAGUUUGUAUUUAUCGAAGGCGCAGAAGUACCAGUGGGUCGACGACCAUAUAAAAUGAAGGAAGCAUUGAAAAUUAGCAAUACACAACCAAAUGGUGUUCAAAACGGAGGCGAUUUGGCUGAUACCGCUAUUAAAGCACUUGAAGGCGGCGCAUUAUCAUACAAUGGCAAUCCCUCAAAAAGCACACUCAUUAUUCAUUCUGUUCAACGGGACAAAGAACGGCCCUACUAUUAUCGGGUGGAAUUGAACAGCGAUGGAAAAAUUCAAUUAGAAGAAACAAUGAAUGAAUCAAUCAUCAAUGGAGAUGCAAAUACAUCGGGAAAUGUUAGCGAGAGUACGUUCGAUGACAGCAAAAAUAUGACACAGAGUUCGGAUAAAACAGACGCAUCAGAUUUAGAAGUCGGACCAACGGCUGCUGUUCUAUCAAUCGAUGACAAAGAUCCAGAGAAUGGCGACAUUUAUAAAAAUCAUCUAAUUAAUAAUAAUAUUAACAAUAACCACAUCCCAAACAAGACAGAAAGUGAAUUAGCAUCUAAAAAUGAUGAUGCCACAAACAAAACCGAAAACAUCAAUGACAAACGUACCGAUGCAAAUGGUGAUGUGGUUAACAAUGAUAGUGAUAAUAAGCGCCUUUUUAACAAUUCAAACACUGAUGCUGCUAAUGCGCCGGCUGAGCCGACUGCCCAAUCGUCGCCAAUUUCCAAUUUUACUGGCUAUCAAAAUGGCAAUGGUAACUAUCAAUCAAACGAUGCAAACCAAUCAACAGAUCCAGAAAAUGAUGGACUCGAACGUGGCCGUUCACGUAAGAAGCGCGAUUUCUUUGGUACACUUAAAAGACGACUAGGUCGUUCUAAGAGUCGUGCCAAAUCAUUGGAACGCCAAGGAGCUGUACCCAUCGACGCAAAUAAUCCAAAUGAUUCAAAUACAUUGGCUAAUAGUGGUGGUAUUACGUCAAACACAUCAACCGGUCCACGAUUAGUAGUGCCUCCUUCAUUAGAUCAAUCACGUCGAUCCUCACUUUCAGAAUCUUCUGCUAUCUCAGGAUUUUCUAGCGCCAGCGCACGGACUUUUGUACACGAAGCGUCAACAUUGGUGCUUGAAACGAUAGAAAACGGUGUUAAAAGGCACUUUUUGGUACCGCUAUCGAUUGCACAAAGACCGAGAUGGCGACGCAAGGGUACAAAAUUGCACAUUUACAAUGAUCACACGUUUUUAGCGAAACACUUGAGCGGUGGCUUACUAUGUGAUGUAUGUAAUCGUUCCAUACCGCGGCGUCCUGGUAAACAAGGCUAUGAAUGCAGAGACUGCCAAUUGAAAUGUCAUAAGCAAUGUCACGUCCGAACUCCACAAGCCUGCACUAAUCCAACCGUUUUGUCCAUGGAACUGUCAAAAUUAAACUGUGCCGCAGACGAUCGAAGUAUUCGAAAAUUAUAAAUAAGCAUCAUCACAAUGGCUCGAUGGGCAAACCAAAGCUGAUUCAUUUUCCAAUUGCACCUUCCUCGUGACUGGACAAUGACAAUGACACUUAAAAUGGAGCAUAUUGGAUUUAACAUAAGCAUUUAAUUCAUUGUGUGCUCUCUCAUUUAUAUUUAAUUCUUGGAUUUGUAUGUUUGUACUUUUUUUCUCGUUAGAUAUCAUUUGUUUCAGAGAUUUAUAUUUUUUCU